GCGAGGCUGACAUGGCGGCUUUUGGAAACGGCCUAAAUGGGGAAUGCAGCAAGACCUCCUCAUAUCUGAGGCUAGACAGAAGUCACCUUGUGUCUCCUUCGAAAUCAUUAAUCCUGUCCUGCGGAGAGAUGGACAGUGUGUUCAAAGAGAAGAAACUGGAGAAGAUUGCGGUGGUAAACUUAUCUGGACAUUAUCUGAAAAACCUGGGCAACUUGUCUAAUUGUUCUGCUCUGAAGAUUUGCAUCCUGCCCAGGAAUUACAUCACUAAAAUUGAUGCUCUCGCAAACUGUCCCAAUUUAAUCAAGCUGGAUCUCCAUGGAAACCAUAUUACCAAUCUCCCAGAUGAAUACUUUUGGUCUGAAAUGAAGUGCCUGCAGAUCCUCUAUCUCCAUGACAACAUCAUUGGAGACAUGAAUAGUGUCAAAUCACUGUUUCCCUGUCCAAGCCUUGUCGUUCUGACCCUGUUUGACACACCAGUUAGCCUUGUCCCAAGAUAUCGGCAUCGCGUUGUCAACUACAUCUGGUCUCUCAAAGCCUUGGAUAACUUUGUCAUUGCAGAUGAGGAAGUCAUUGAGGAUUGUCGGAAUAGGAAAAAAUUCAAAGCUUUAAGUCCAUAUUUCUUUAUUCAUCUCACUGUACCUCCACAGACCUCAAGCUGGCAGGAUGAGUUGAAGCAAAUUAGGGAUCUCGUCUCUACCAUCAACAACAUUCUUGCCCAUCACUCUGCAGUGCUCAUCCUUCAGCGAUGGUCCCGUGGAUUCUUGACCAGAAGAAAGUUGAGAGCUGCCUCAGCUGCACAUCAGCAAAAAGGUUUGCCAAGUAAAGAGAUGAAUGCAGAGUUAUGUAGCUGGGGUAUCCACGUACUGGAGGAUGGCAGUAUAUGGGCAGCAGGAAGCAGCAACAAGCAGGAUGAUCAAUGCAGUGCCGUCCAUUUAGAGAUAGAUAAAAACAAACUGAACAUUAAGUUGCUGGAGACUGCGCACGUCUUUUAUGAAUGGUCCUCCGGCCCAGGCAGAAACAGGUCCAACGCUCACUUGAAGGAAUAAUACCUCACUGUGC